CACACACACACACACUCGAAUGCAUACGAACCUGUUUAUAAAGUCGAGCACUUCGAAAGUUUUAACAUCGGAAAAGGUUCGACCGAAUUUCCAGAGUCAGUUCUUCACUACUUCGAAAGUUUGAACAUCGGCAAAGUUCAACAGAAUUUCCAGACCCCAUGGAUUUCUCGGCAGGUAAAAAUUUGUAUUUUAAUCAAUUAAUAGUUAAAUAUAAAUUGAGAUACAAUGUUUAUGUAAUUAUCCAGUAGGCAAUGAUAUUGAUAUAAACUUAGAACUAAUCAUUCUGAGUACAAAAAUCAUCAUACUUAUCUGGUCAUUAUGUAAUCUGGUACGAUACUUUAUCUAAAUUGUAAAUAUUCAUUACAUUUAUAUUACAGUGCAAGACCGAGUUAAGCUCAUCUGUUUCUAGUGUAUAGGUAAUUAAAAUUUGUCUCUUAGAUCUAUGUAGUGAUCUAAAAUGAGAAUGUUAAGUUAUUAAAAGUAUGUUUUACUGUUUUAUAGACAGCUUGGUGAUUAUUUCUGAUGAUGAGAUUCCCGAAACAACCACUCAGGACCUUUUGAAUCUGAGUUCCACACAAUUUGAGGGAAACGUGUCUAACAGUGAUUACGACGGAGAUAUUUCAGGUGAGUUGUAGUAUAUUUACCUUCUAUUUACACAGCACAAAUAAAUAAAUAAAUAAAUAAAAUAAAUAAAAGCUUUUUCACAUGUUCUGUGACUUAUAGAUACGAGUGCUGCAAUAGAAGACCCAGAGGAAAUCAUCUCGGAAACCGACAUUCAACAAGACAUCGAACUACAACAGAUCUGCGCAGUGUGGCGUGAAUUCUUCGAAGCAAAGACUGAUUUAUUGGAAAACUUUGGACAGAUUGAUUAUACACUUGAAUCUGGUCGAGGUACAGAUUUUAUCCCUUUACUGUACAGCACGCUUGAAAAUGUGAAUAGAUGUCUCUCAGUGAGCAUAAAGUUGAUUAGAAAAUUGUAUGAUAGAUAUGGCGCAGAAAAGACUGAAAUGCAGUUCGGAUAUGGAGAUUAAAAAAAAGAGAACCGAAAAUUCUCCAUUAUCGCAUGAUUUCUUUUAUGACGGAAACCAGAGUUUUUCAAAUGAUUCGCACACACCCCUGAACCCAUAUUUAACUGAAGCGAUCAACAGGCUGAACGAAAGUUUAAUACCGUCACACCAAGUCGUUAGUGAGAGACCUAAUCAGAGUCCAAAUCACGUCGUAUCAACCACAACGGUAACGCCGAAUGAUAUAUUUUCUGAAUUAAAUCAAUGUCUGUUAGAGUUACAUAAUAACCUAAAUGAACACGGUCAUUCAGUACAAAUAAACCCUGAUCUAAUCGAUGCAGUCAAUCAGUUGAAUGAAAAUUUAAGAUCGUCAGAACAGAGCAAUACUCAAAAUGAAAACCCCAGACGAAUUUCCAGUCAAACUGUAUCAAGUACGCCGGUCACGUCGCACGACAUAUUUUUCGAAUUAAAUCAAUGUCUGUUAGAGUUACAAAAUAACCUAAUCGAACAAAGAGAAUCUUUGCAGAUAAAUCCAUGUUUAAUAGACGUGGUGAAUCAAAUCAAUGAAAAUAUGUCAUUACCUCCCGUUCAGAAUAUCGUCUCGACUCCAGAAAACGCUCAGGAACCUAGUCCGUUAUCUUCUCAUGAUAUGAUACACGAACUUAAUCAAAGUCUUAUGAGGAUAAAUGACGGUCUUGUUAACUUAAUCGAAAACCCUGACAAUAUUGCACAAAAUUCGGAAAACGAUAAUGAACGCAACCGACCAAUGGAAAACAUACAAUCACCUAAUACCCAAGAUUCUCAAAUGGAAAACACACAUUCGCCCGAUACCCAAGAUUCUCAGAUGGAAAAAUCGCCCGAUAUCCAAGUAGAGCAAGAGGGUGAUGGAUUAGAUCCUAAUAUUAGAAUAAUUAAUCGGGAAAGAUUCAACAACACUGAGAUUAGGAGAAGAGUGAAUUUUUCUUCUAUCGCGAACGUUGACAGCUUUGCAGAUUUUUAUAAUUAUGUUUUAGAGAUUUUAAACAGCGCGAUUGAAAUCGCUAACAAUUAAUUUCUGCCAAGGAUGUAGUCACCGUUGAAAUUAGAGGUGAUACGAUCAAUGUUUCAUCACGCGUUCAAUUAGACAAUGGUGUCAUCGAUUUAGGUUCUUUUCUGACCAUGCUCAAAAAUGCAAUUCAGAGUAAACGUGAAAUUUUUACCGAUAAUACCCUUGAAAUAGUCGUCCAAAUCGUUCGACCACCUCGGGGUGGUGGAAUUAGAAGGAAAAUAGGCCAUAUAUUCAAAUCAGAAACCCUGCAGAAGAAAAUGCAGCAUCUAUACAUUUUUCACAACAGAGACAACAUGUGCUUCGCCUUGUGUGUUAGCCAACUUUUGAAUCGUGAAAAAAAUGAUUUUGAAACCGAACAAAUCGCUAGAAAAUUACAACACGAUGUGGGAUUAUCCGUAAACACCGCUGUCAGCUUCGCUGACGUACCGAGAUUUGAGAGACAUUUGAAUUGCAAAAUCGUAAUCAUACACUGUUCUGCUAGCAAAGCCGGAUACUCUUUCUUUCAAACUAGCAAGACUCCCCACGAAAAAACCAUUUACUUGUUUUUACAUGACAACCACUAUUACGGGGUUAAAAGUAUCAACGGACUUUUAGGAACGAGUCAUGUUUGUCAUUUCUGCCAUUCGGGGUUUGACGUUUUAUGGAAGCAUAAAUGCGCUUAUAGCUGCAACGUUUGUCACGACCCCGAUUGUUACAAACACCCUAAGAAUGUUACUAAAUGUCCAGAGUGUCAGAGACUGUGUAGCUCCCAAUACUGUUUCGAGAGGCAUAAAGCAAAGAUUAAAUCGCACAAAGGCGAAUAUUCUAUGUGUGAAACGGGAUUCUACUGCGGUAAAUGUAAACGUGUGAUAAGGGAUAAUCCUUCUAAUCGUGAGAAUCACGUAUGUGCCCAUUCGAAAUGCAUACUCUGUGGCCAAAAACUCGAUGAGGAUAUCGAGCAUAGAUGUUUUAUACAGAGGGCCAGGAAAGAAAGCGAAAAUACGGAUUAUGUGUUUUACGAUUUUGAAACUAGGCAGGAAACAGGAACACAUGUAGCUAAUUUCAUAUGCUGUAUUGAUUUUAAGGGAGAGGAGUGGGUGGCUGAAGGGGAUGAUUGCGUCAGUGCCUUCUUUAAAAAGUUUCGGUGUAAUGCAUACCACGGAUACAAGUUUAUAGCCCAUAACGCUAGAGGGUUCGAUUCAUACCUUUUGUUAAACCAUUUAGUGAAAGAAGGAAUCACACCCGAAAUCAUAGCACAAGGCGGUAAAAUUUAGUGUUUCAUCGAUACCGCGUUUCCUCAGUCCUACAUUGAUAGUCUAUCGUUCUUACCCAUGAAAUUGAGUAGCAUCCCAAAAGCCAUGGGUUUUUCGGAAAGCAAGAAAGGCUAUUUUCCCCAUUUCUGGAACACCGUAGAACAUCAGGAUUACGUAGGGCCGUAUCCUGACCCUAAGUUUUACGAUGUAGAUGGCAUGAUGCCUAAGGAUAGAGAAGAAUUCUUUAAGUGGUACAGAACGGUUUCUGACAAAGUCUUUGAUUUCAAGAAAGAGAUGGCGGAAUACUGUGUGAACGAUGUAGAAAUUUUGAGAAAGGGUUGUAUAGCUUUCAGACAAGAAAUUCUGGAUAGUACAAAGGUCGAUCCUUUUAAAUGCAUAACGAUCGCAUCUGUGUGCAUGAAAAUCUUUAGAACCAACUUCCUGCGUAAAGACACUUUAGCUAUUCCGCCGCUUGAUAAUUACAUCACCACUCAGAAAUCUUUCUCAACACCUUCCAUACAAUGGCUCGAAUAUGUUUCAAAAACGCAAAACCUACCCAUUCGCCACGCGUUGAACGAAGGUGAAGUCAGGUUCGGUACCUAUUACGUAGAUGGUUACUGUGAGGAAGGGGAAAACCGUAAGGUUUUUGAGUUUCUUGGGUGUUUUUAUCACGGCUGUGAAAAGUGUUUUCCCUCAAUGACCCCGCAUCCUCUUACCAAAUCAAACGCAACCUUCGGAGAUAUCCGUCAAAAAUCGAUGGAGAGAAUUAAGAAUUUGCAAGACACUCUCAAUUUGCAAGUCACUCUGAUGUGGGAACACGAGUGGAAUGAAAUGAAGAAAAACGACAAUCUCGUGCAAAAUUUUCUAAAAGACAUUGACUUUCCUGAGCAUUUAAACCCUCGAGAUGCUCUUUACGGCGGUCGAACAAACGCGUUAAACUUGCAUUAUGUAGCUCAACCCGGUGAGAGAAUCGAUUAUUUCGACUUUACAUCGCUUUACCCAUUCGUAAAUAAGACAAAGACAUACCCGAUCGAUCACCCUAUCAUCAUUUAUCGUGACUUUCAACCUCUGAAAAAUUACUUCGGUAUCAUUAGAGCAAAGGUAUUACCACCUAGGGGUCUGUGGGCACCUGUUCUACCAUUUCGUGUAAAAAGCAAACUCCUCUUUCCUCUAUGUAGAACGUGUGCCGAACAUCAGUUAAAACAUUGCGAUCAUACGGCUCAGGAGAGAGCUCUUAUCGGAACAUGGGCAUCUAUCGAAAUUGAGAAAGCCGUCGAAAAAGGUUACAAAAUUCUAAAAGUGUUUGAAGUGUGGCACUUUCCUAAAAGGUCUGAUAAGCUUUUUACGAGAUAUAUUAAAAUGUUCCUCAAGACCAAACAGGAAAGUUCAGGUUAUCCGUCCUGGGUCGUUGAUGAAUCAUCUAAACGUGAGUACAUUCGCAAAUAUGAGGAGAACGAAGGGAUUACGUUGGAUCCGAAAUUUAUCACUGUUAAUCCUGCCAAAAGAUCCGUGGCUAAACUCGCACUAAACUCGUUGUGGGGUAAGAUGUGUCAAAGACCAGACAGAUCUAACACGACCUUAAUUCGAGAUCCUGCCGAGUUUUUACAGUUCAUGUUCUCCGAUAUUUAUAAUGUGAGUCAGUUCUCUUUUUUGAAUGAGGAGGUGGCGAUGGUACAGUGGCGUUACGCAGACGAGAGAUUGAUUAAACCGCUAAACGCUAAUGUAUUCAUCGGCAUUUUCACUACAGCGUACGCUAGGCUUGAGCUGUACAAUUUGAUGGAUCGAUUGGAUCAGCGUUGUUUGUACACAGACACAGAUAGCGUCAUUUUUAAAAGUAAGGAAGGUGACUGGAUGCCACCCUUAAGCGAUUACUUGGGUGGACUUACCAGCGAACUAGAUGAUGGCGAUCAAAUCGUGGAAUUUGUAAGCGCAGGUCCUAAAACCUACGGUUACAAAACCAUGAAAGGAAAAACAACCAUGAAAGCUAAAGGCAUUACUUUAAAUUAUAUAAAUUCUGAAAUUGUCAAUUUGAAAUCACUAACAGAACUGGUGGACGAGCGAGUGAAAAAUCCGGAUCAUACAGGUCAUCUCGUAACCACGCAUAACCAAAUCAUGAGAGAUAAAAAGGGGUUUCAUUUGAGAAACAAAUCACAGUUGAAAAGGUUCAGGGUUGUGUACGAUAAGCGUGUUUUAUUAUCUGAUUUUACAACUCUCCCUUACGGCUAUUAAGACUAUUCUUGUAUAUAGGUGUGUAUAGUUUCUGUUGAUGUGUUUUGUAAAGGAAAAUAUGAACGUGACUGCUUUUGACGCUAGGAUGCAACUUCCCUUUUCAUGUAUCGUAUGUGGACCGAGUAAUAGUGGAAAAUCUUUUUUUAUCAAAAUGCUGUUGGAAAACUGUAAAGAGGCAAUGUCGGUUGUUCCGGAAAACAUUGUCUGGUGUUAUACGUGUUGGCAGCCUCUGUACGAUGAAUUAUUGACCAGAAUAAAAAUAAUUUUUCUUCAAGGAA